AUGCUUACUGCCGUGUCCCAACCCUCCAAAUCUCCUCGAGGUACCGACUCACCCAUGGAAGACCCCGUCGAGCGAGCCCAUCGAGCCUGCGAAAAAUGCACUAGGACAAAGAAGAAGUGCGACAAGGCAAUCCCUGCCUGUUCGCGAUGUUCAAGGCUCGACGCCCCAUGCUGCUACGACUAUGUCAUGACCGGUCCGACCACGACCGUCGUAGACCCCGCCACCUACGGCUCGUCCGGUAGCCCAAACGACCCCCAGGUCAUCGCCGCCGCCCGCUACAGCAUCUUCGAGCCCGACCUCGACGUGCCGCCCGCCAUGCUCAUGAAUCUCUUGACGUCGAGGGGCAUCUCGUGGCGCGACUCGGUCGCGCUCUACUUCCAGACCACCAACCUAUGGCUCUGUGCCGUCCACCAGGACCGCUUCCUGCGUACCCUCAGCGACCUUGACGCCAACGGCUGUCCGCGCCGCGUCGAGACGGCCAUGCUCAUCGUCUGCAUGCACCUCGUCACCCAGUUUGCCGACUCGGGCCGCCCCACCAUGCCGGACGGCACCGAGAUGCUGUCCAACCCCAUCUACCUAGUCGCCAAGCGCGUCCUGGGGCUGGUCCGCGCCGUCACCGACCCCAGCAUCCCCCUCUUGCAGGCCUCGGCGCUCCUGUGCCUCUUCGAGUUUGGCCACGGUGCCUUUAUGCGCGCCUACGUCACCAUCGGUGACGCAUACACGUCUGCCAAGUCGGCCGACGUCCGUCCUGGGAGGUACAUGUACUACUCCUCUCCCUCCGCCGCCCACGAGGCCGCCCAAGCCGUUGCCUCUCCGUGGGGAGAGUAUUACGAAUGUUUUGCCACUCUCCUCCUCCUCCUCUACUGCAGCUACCUCUGCGCCAUCGACGCCUCGCGAAUCCAGAAGACGUCGUCCAACAUUGAGAUAUCCAAGGCCAUCGCCGGCAUCAACUUCACCAUCCGCAUCAUCGCCGACACCACAGCCGACCUAAACGCCCACCUGGCCCGCAACUCGCACGGUCUCCUAGCGCGGUGCUCCCCCGUCACGCCCUUUUCCGCAUACCACUCUCUGGCAGCUCUGAGCAACUUUGAGCACGUCGUGGUGGAUGCGGAUGCGAGGUUUCACGACAUCUAUAGCUCCCUCCACUUUUUUGCCAAACGAUGGGGUGUUGCCGGUCAACUCGUCAUGAGGAUCGAAUCUUUCCUAGCGACAAAGGAUGAAGAAGGAUCCAUGUUGGAUUUCACAUUUCUGUCAAAGUCAUGA